AUGGCGACGCCGGGCGCCGGGCCCGGUCCGGGGCCACCUCCGGGGCUGGAGGCAGCGCUACAGAAGCUCGCGCUGCGGCGAAAGAAGGUGCUGAGUGCCGAGGAGAUGGAGCUGUACGAGCUGGCGCAGGCGGCGGGCGGCGCCAUGGAUCCCGACGUGUUCAAGAUCCUGGUGGACCUGCUGAAGCUGAACGUCGCGCCCCUCGCAGUCUUCCAGAUGCUCAAAUCCAUGUGUGCCGGGCAGAGGCUGGCAAGCGAGCCCCAGGAUCCUGCUGGAGUAUCCGUGCCCACAUCGAGUGUGCCUGAGACUAGAGGGAGAAACAAAAGCAGCACUGCUCUUGGUGGAGGCCCCACCCUGGCAGAACGAAGCUGCCGGGAAGGAUCCAGCCAGAGGAUGCCCCGACAGCCCAGUGCUACCAGGCUGCCCAAGGGGGCAGGGCCUGGGAAGAGCCCCACUCGGAGCAGUACCUGA